AUGGCGGCGAGUUCUGAAGGCGCUCAUGGCCUUCAAUACUUCUCGGGCGAAUCAGAGGACGCUCGGGAAUACAAACGCUGGAAACAGUGGGUCAUGAACAAACUCCUGACCCUUGAAGACAAGGUGGCACCCAAGGCACGAGGUGCCUACAUAUAUACUCUUUUGUCGGGGAAGGCAUUGGAGUGUGUGGAACACCUUGACCCAGCUAGCUACCAGAAAGAAGGUGGAGAACGUGUGUUGCUGGAGCGCCUUGACAAGCGCUUUCCCCAGAAGGAUGCUAGCGAUGAAAUGAGCGAGUCAUUGACCGAGAUCUUCAACCUUCGAGCUCAUGACGGAGAGAACUUGAAAACCUGGAUUUCGCGUGCCAGCGAGCUGUUUGAAAAGUGUGAAAGGAAAACCAAUGUUUCCUUUCCUGAAGAGGCUCGCGGAUGGCUGAUUCUCAACAGAUCUGGCCUAUCAGAGGAGCAGAAAGCAGUGGUUCUGGCCAGAUCCUUGGGAGUCUUGAAGCGGGAAGAAAUUGGUCGCUCCAUGCGCUCGUGUUACCCCGAGUUUGUCGUGAAGAAGAAACACUUGGGGGCUAGCAUUGUAGAAGGGGACUUCGGUAACACUGCACCCGAAGGUGCUGGUCGCAGUUCUUCGUCCAGUGGUUAUGCGAAGAAGGAAACUGGUGCUGCAUUUGUCUCAGAGGCCGCCGAGCUUGAGCAGGAGUACGAAGAACUCCAAGCUGGGUUAGACUUUGUGGCCAUGGCGGGCGUUUGCCCGUGCUCUUUGUCGCCGUUGUCCAUCCUCCGUGAGAAGCGACGCCUCAUCGGUAUGCUGCCUGAUGAGUUGCCCCACCCAGAAGUUCUUUUGGUCAGUUCACCUGGCUUUGGAGUUUUGGACUCCGGAUGUGGCAGAUCAAUCAUUGGUCGCGAUACAUUGACAGAGUUUCAUCAGUUGUGGCGCGCAGCCGGUGUUCCAAUCCCCACGGAGAUCCACGAGGUGAAUCAUUUUCGCAAACAGGGCACCAUCCGAACCGCCAUCGUGAGGGGACAAGCUCCCUUCCUCAUCUCACGCAAUGCUUUACAGACAUUGAAGGCAGUCAUUGAUUUUGGCAAGCAGCAGUUGACAUUGUUUGAAGAGCAAGUGUUGGUCCCUUUGGUGACCAAUGAGGCCGGUCAAUUUGCAGUGAAGGUGGUUGGCUCCAGUGAUCAAGUCAACUUUGAGCAAGAAGUGAUGUGCAGCACCUUCACUGACAACUCAGGAUCCAUGCCCUCGCCGGUCUCAGAGGACCGGCCAGCUGGCUCUUCCAAGGUCGAACAGGAUUCGUCGAUCGACCGUUCCUUGCCAGGAGGCUGGUUCAAUAUCAAUUCGCUCAACAUGACACCGCAGGAAGUGGCACACCGGGUCCGGAUGAGCCGGAUCUUCGUCCGUUUCUGCUGUGAGUUGUUCCGCCAGCAGGCUGAAGCCGGACGACAGGCCCAGGAGAUCAGAACCACGGCGUGCAAAGCUGUGAUUGACCUCCAGAGUGACCAGUCGCUGCGUCGAGCUCUAGCAGCAAGACCUCGUGUGACCUCGUCUUUCCAAGCUGGAGAUCUUGUGGCCUACUGGAGAGAGCAAAAAUACCAAGGGGGUACCAAGUCUGAAAAGGGUCAUGUACUUCUGGGAGGACACUGGUUUGGUACAGCUGUGGUUAUGGGAAGGGUAGGCCGGAACUAUGUCAUCGCCCACCGCAAACAGAUUUUCCGGGUAGCACCAGAACAACUCAGAGCAGCUACAUCCGAAGAGAAGGCAGUACUUCAAUCACCCCAAGCUGAACUACUCGGUAUUAAAGAUCUGUUGGAAGGAGGUACUUUUAAGAGUCACCAGUUUGUGGACUUGGUUCCGGGACAUUACCCCACAGUGCAAGCAGACUCGACAUCAUCACAAACGCAAAGCAAUAUCAGACCAAGUGAGCCUGCUCCUCCAAUGCCCGACGUUCCAGCAGAGAGACCACCCGUGCCAGCAGUGAGCGGGGAAGAAACCGCUGUUCCCAUGGAAGUGGUUCCACCAGACAACAAGACCAGUCCAGACAAACAUCAAGAAAGACUUGAUGAUGAAGAGGAGUUUCCUCGCUUCUCUCAAGGUGGAUCCAGUUCCAGUGCCAGAGCUCCGUCAGCCGAACCAGUGUACGGCCCUGUGCGCCGUCGUGUCUCACAGAAGGCCGGUGAGGCAGCUCUGUACCGUCCACCAGCUAUGAGGGAAGAGGACUUCACUGAGAUGAUGCGAGAGAUGGUUCCUCAUCUAUUGGCUGAUGCAUUAAACAUGGACACCAGUGAGCCAACCUCCAAUGUGUCCCUGAAGCGAGAGCAUGAAGAGCCAACCAGCGAAGAACCACCUGCCACUCGCAUGCGCACCUCGACCGAUCAAGACGACGAGUUGGUUGAUGAGUCAAAGAUUGCGGAAUGGAAAACUCUCAUUGAAAAGAAAGCGGUAGUGGUUCACUAUGGGAAGAAAGCUGCACUGAUCCGUGAAAAAUAUGCCCACCGUUUUAUGGGAAGCCGGUUUGUCAUCAUACGAAAACCGUUGGAGGAGAACCAACACAUUGACAUCAACGAUCCAUCCACAUACCGUAUCAAAAGUCGUUGGUGUUUUCAAGGUCACUUGGACCCCGACUGA